AUGGACCAGGAGCAGGACCAGUCUCCUCUCUCUCACCCUCCCCAAGAAACCACCGCAAAAACCACCACCACCACCACUCCUGAUCAGGACACCAAAAGCUCUGAAUCUGAAAGCAGCAAGCAGGAAUGUAAAGGCAAAGGUGGCCCUGAUAACAACAAGUUUAGAUAUAGAGGCGUGAGGCAAAGGAGCUGGGGUAAAUGGGUGCUGAGAUCCGGGAACUCGAAAACGUACGAGGAAGUGGCUUGGAACUUCGCCACAGCAGAGGAUGCAGCUCGGGCCUAUGAUCGAGCGGCUAUUAUUCUUUAUGGUUCCAAGGCUCAGCUCAAUCUCAACCUCGGUCUCUUCAUCGUCUUCUUCUUUUCCUCAUCCUCUCGUGGCGGUUCAUCUUCUUCCUCCUCUACUCAAACUUUAAGGCCCUUGCUUCCUCGCCCUUCAGGCUUUGCUUUUAGUUUUGUUUCUUCUUCAAAUCCGGUUACUCAUCCAGCUUCUUUGAUCGGGGGUUCUUCAUCAAGGUACCCAUAUGGGCUUUAUCCAAACCUUUUAAGCCCCGCCGCACUUUACCCAAGCAUGGUACAAAAUCCCCAAGCCUUGCACAUAGUGCAACAAACCGAACCUAGCCUUGUUGUUAACCAUGGUGACCCCACUGGAACAUUAACCUCGUAUGCAAAUCCUAACCCUCAACAAACACAGCAGCAUCAUCGUUCUUUGCACGAGGAUAUCAAUUCCCUGGUGGGCUCAGUGGGUUCGAGCUUGUCUUUGUCAGCUCAGACUUCUGUUGCACCAGCGGUUCCGGAUCCGGGUUUAACAGUUGGCCCUGGUUCUCCAUCCGUUUGGCCUUUCACAAACGAUGAUGAAUACCCCCCAGCUUGUAUUUGGGAUUAUGGGGAUCCUAAUUUCCUUUUUGAUUUCUGA